UAAUCUCUAAAAGAAAUCCCUAAUAAUUCUAAGAUGCUAAAGCUAAAGUGCCUAAACGCCUCUUCUCCUUCUCUGAGUCCGAGGCUCAAACCCAAAAGAACCCCAAGAAGCCUCGAAAUGGCCUCCACGACGAGGACUGAGUAGUGAGUCAUGGCCACGUCCCAGCAGUUGUGAACAGCCUUAGCACCCCGAAAGAGGUCCGAGAGGACUAGUUGUUGAUUCUCUCUUGCUUCGAUAAUCGGGACUCGAACAUCACCAAUUUGAUCAACGGAGAGGAUUCUGUGACCAAGGAGGACCGCUUCGACGCCGUCCGAGAAUCCGGUGGGAAUCCAACGCCCUCAAAGUUUCUAGCCAUCGCUCAACUGCUAGGACUCCAGCAACGAGGCACGUGAGUACUUUUCCGCCGUCGACGAGAUUCUUAACCUGAUGGAUGAGCUACCCGGUCGGUCUGACUCCACCGAACAAACCCUAGAGGAAGGGCACGGGCCCACGCCUUCCGAUCAAAACCUUAACGACCAGAGCGACCAGCAGUCCCAGGAAUGGGAAACCAUGGCUCGCGCUUGGCUCUGCUCGUUCCCCGAGGCCAAAGCGGUCUCCAUGGACGAGGUCGAAGCCUGGAUCGACUCUAACCUCGACUCUAUUCCUGAAGGAAUCAAAUCAAUGCCUCGCUCGGACCUCUGUCAGAGGCUCAUUGCAAUCCAGAAUUGCAUGAGACUCCCCUCUCAGGAAAAAGAGCUUAGUCAGUUUGAUUAUGAGAAUCCACCAUAUCGAUUUCAACGUACUGAUCAAUGGAGACCGGUCUAUUCUUGGUUAGAAUCUUUAAAUCAAGAUGAGGUGGUGAAGUCGAAAGAAAUCUCCGACUGGCUAAAUGCUAAUAAAGAGGUCCAAGAACAGUUGUGCUCUAGGCAUUCUCGAUAUCAUUUGAUGCACUACAUCAAAAAGUGCCAUAUCAAGAUAUUGAAGAGGAAGGAAAAGAAGAUGGGUGUGCAGCAGCAUAACAAAGACACUUCUCUAAAGGUUCGCAGGACUGUGGUGAUGAAACAGCCAACAGUGCUUCCAUACAGCACUCCAAGUGAUCUACCUAAAGAUGGCGACGUUUACUUGAUGAAAAGAAAGGAAGCCUAUCGCAAAUAUGAGAUUUUGGUGGAGUUGGAGAAGCUGCUUUCUCCUAUUUUCUCAAAGCAUCAAAUAUAAACCAACGUAGAAAUCCCGAAUCGGCAAAUCUCUGGCUAUAGAACAAUGUCUACAAACUUGGAAGGGCCAUGCUCAUUCUCCUUUGUCGAUGGUAAUCUUUCAUAACUGAAGAGUGAAGAUGAUCUCCCCAGUGCACCUGGUAUGAGGUUUUGGGAAAAGAUUUAGGGAAGAAGGAAAGAUUUAGGAAAGUUUCUGUCCUGCUUAUAGGUAUUGCCGUUUCCAUUUCACUAGAGAAUGGGAAGGACAAUAAUUGUUUGUUUUGUACAGAAAGGCCUUGAAUUGAAGAUCAAAACCAAGCAUCUCGAGUAUUUUAAUGCCUAAAAUGUGUCAAUUCUCAAAUGUCCCUAAAA